CAGAGAGAGAGAAGAGAGAGAGCGAGAGGGGCUGUAGUUGCUAUAGAAUGCGCCUGGCUGCUUCAGCUCUCAGACAACUGAUGAAGUCCAACUCUGAAAUUUCAGGCAAUUUGGAUACCAAGCUCCUCCUUUUCUGUAGUCUUCUCUUCCAUUGGUAAAAUUCUUUCGCAGGGUCAUGUAGGGAUCCCACCCCUUCUCCGUGUUUUCACUCUGUAGCGCUACACAACUUUACACCUGAAUGAACGCCAAACCUCAGUGGAUAUAUAAAGGGAACCUUGAGGAGGAAUUUCACAGUUACAGUGCAGAAGCAGAGGGAAAGGAAUUAACCAGCUCUCCAGCCAAGCAAAUCCUCUACUCACCAUGCUUCCUCCUGCCAUUCAUUUCUCUCUCAUUCCCCUUGCAUGCAUCCUAAUGAAAAGCUGUUUGGCUUUUAAAAAUGAUGCCACAGAAAUCCUUUAUUCACAUGUGGUUAAACCUGUUCCAGCACACCCCAGCAGCAACAGCACAAUGAAUCAAGCCAGAAAUGGAGGCAGGCAUUUCAGUAACGCUGGACUGGAUCGGAACACUCGAGUUCAAGUAGGCUGCCGAGAACUGCGUUCCACCAAAUACAUCUCGGACGGCCAGUGCACCAGCAUUAGCCCUCUGAAAGAGUUGGUGUGUGCUGGCGAGUGCUUGCCCCUGCCUGUGCUGCCUAACUGGAUCGGAGGGGGCUACGGAACAAAGUACUGGAGCCGGAGGAGCUCCCAGGAGUGGAGGUGUGUCAAUGACAAAACGCGUACCCAGCGAAUCCAGCUGCAGUGCCAGGACGGCAGCACGCGCACCUACAAAAUAACCGUGGUCACUGCCUGCAAGUGCAAGAGGUACACGCGGCAGCACAACGAGUCCAGUCACAACUUCGAGAGCCUGUCGCCUGCCAAGCCAGCCCAGCAUCAGCGAGAGCGCAAGAGAGCUGGCAAACCCAGCAAGCACAGCAUGAGUUAGAAUCCAGACCUCCAAACUGGACUGACUAGGAACCAUCUGCUUUACAGAUUUGAUUGCUUGGACGACUCGAGCCUGCCACUGCUAUUUUCUUACAUGAAAAUAUAUGCUUUCUGCUUUGAUCAAACUCAGCCAGCUGUCCUGAGUAUCAGGAGCUUCUUGGGAGAUAGAUUUUUCAAGUUUUUCAAGAUGUAUGAGUAUCCAUGGAUGCGAUUUGCCUUUAAAUUCCACGCAUCCUGUAGUAUUAAUUCCCCAUGGUUCUUGAAAGAUGGGUGAUACUAUACCCAUCAUUGAAUCUUCACUUUUUAACAUGGAAAAGGGCUUCUCAGUAACCCUUCAUUUCCCAAACCAUCCUCUCCACCCCACACCCAACAAAACUUCUUCAAAAUUGAAAAAUUUUUUAAAGGGUUGUUGCCAUGAAUCUUCAGGUUAACAGUUCAGAAGGGUGUUUUUUUGGUAAUCUUCAUGGAAACAGUUUAGCUGCCAAGAGUGAUCUCCCUUUGAAAGAGUGAAAGACCUUGUGACAUUUCACUUCAAAAAUAAGCCCUGUAGCUUUUUACAGUCUCAUAGUAUGAAAUUAUACCCUGCAUGCUGACCCUUGCUUGGAAUGGAAUGCCAGAAAUGCAUGGCAGCAGCUAAUAAGUAAAGCUGAUUAUUUAUUUGUCAAUGUUAUUAUUUAAUGAGCUUUCACAAGUGAUUGUUUUCAAAAUGUUAAUUUUUUAUGUUUCGAAGUUUUUUCAUGUACCUAAAUAUUUUCCUGUAUAAUUUGUGGUUGAUCUAGAAGUAUGACAAUACAUAUUGUAGAUAUGUAAAAUAAAUAUUUUAGUCUCCUUGUUACAUAUAUGUUUCAUCAUGAACUUUAUCAAUAGUAUAGAUCUUUAAAAAUCAAUAAGAUGCUUUGUAAAGAUGAAAUAGGUAACAGUUUCCUAUUUAAUCUGUGCAAUCAGAAGGUGACUUGACCUUCAAUGAGUUUCUUUUAACAAAAAUAAACACGGCUAAACGUUA